UGCAGCUAGGGCAGUGUCGACCUCCAGGCUCCACGAUGCUAGUCCCUGUAGCGGUAGUAGUCGUAGGAUUUGUAGUGCAGCUGGCGACGUCUGCAGCCAUAGGGUUGCCGAACUGCACCACCACCUGCGGGAACGUGAGCGUGCCGUACCCGUUUGGGCUGAGCCCCGGGUGCUACUUGCCAGGGUUCAACCUCACCUGCGACCACUCCCAGGAACCCCCGCGCCUGCUCGUCGGCGACGGGGACCUCCGCGUCACCCAGAUCUCCCUCCUCAACUCGACCGUGACCGUCAUUGGCACGGGGAUAAACAUGACCAUGGACGCGGGUUCUUCGGUCGGGCGAGGCGUAUGGGGAGGCCUCCGCGACGGCGGGCCCUUGGUCGUGUCGGGGGACCGCAACGAGCUCAUUGUCACGGGGUGCAACGUGCUCGCGGAGCUGGUAAUCCGGGGAGGCAAAGCAGGCAACGAUACAAUCACGGGCUGCGCCUCCUUCUGCCCCAGGGAUGAAAAGGGACGUCUCAUUCUUUCUCUGGACGCCAAUAGUACAAGAUGCUCCGGCAUCGGCUGCUGCCAGAUGCCCGUCAACUGGGGCCGCACGUCCUACGACGUGUUUCUCCGGCAGUUCGAUCAGUACUCCAGCGCAUGGCAGCCGCUUGUAUUUAUCGCGGAUCUAGGGUGGUUCGCUACGGUCCAGAGGGAAGACCUAUUGUUUCAAACUGCCAGCGAUGGCUCAACCAAGGCUGAGAACAUGACGGUUCCGGUGGUACUGGACUGGGUGAUCGAAUCAUCCAGCGCUGAUGCGCCUGGCUCGAUAUGCAGCGCCUGCAAGAGCGGGUACUGCAAAAUCUCUGAACCAGGGCCGUUCAACGCGACACGGGCAAACCGCGUCGGCCCCUACGUGUGCCGGUGUUCGAAUGGCUAUGAAGGGAACCCUUACCUGGCGGAUGGAUGCACAGAUAUCGACGAGUGUGGUCUUCAAGAUACAAAUUGCUAUGGCGAGUGCACGAAUCUACCGGGAACGUUUUCUUGUCUCUGUCCACGUGGGACCCGCGGAGACCCACACAUAAGAGGUGGUUGUUCCAAAUCUUCUAAAGGUUUAAGCAUUGGUCUCGGCAUCAGCAGCGGUGCAAGUCUUAUAUCUAUUGUUCUUGGUGCCUCAUUUCUAUCACGUAAGCUGAAGAAACGAAGAGUGAAAAAGCAGAGGCAAAAAAACUUCAAGAAAAACCGUGGUCAGUUGUGGGAACAAUUAGUGUCUCAACGGGCUGAUAUACCUGAAAGGAUGAUUAUCACAUUGGAAGAGUUGGAAAAGGCCACAAACAACUUCGACAAAUCCCGUGAGCUAGGCGGGGGAGGUCACGGCAUAGUAUAUAAAGGAAUUUUAUCAGACCAGAAUGUCGUGGCCAUAAAGAAAUCAAAGAUUGUGAUACAACAGGAAAUUGAUGAGUUCAUAAAUGAGGUAGCAACCUUGUCACAAAUCAACCAUAAAAAUAUAGUUAAACUCUUUGGAUGCUGCCUUGAAACAGAAGUACCACUACUAGUUUAUGAGUUCAUAUCAAAUGGAACACUUUAUGAGCAUCUUCAUGUUGAAGGACCAAUAUCAUUGUCUUGGGAGAACAGGCUUAGAAUUGCAACAGGAACCGCGAGAGCUGUGGCAUAUCUCCACUCAGCUACAUUUGUUCCAAUAAUACAUAGAGAUAUUAAGCCCUCUAACAUACUUCUUGAUGAUUCCUUAACUUCAAAGGUGUCAGACUUUGGAGCAUCUAGGUAUGUUCCAACUAAUGAAACGGGUGUGAACACAGUCGUGCAAGGAACUAUUGGAUACUUAGACCCUAUGUACUUCUGCACUGGAAGACUCACGGAGAAGAGCGAUGUUUAUAGCAUCGGUGUCAUUCUUGUAGAGUUACUGACAAGAAAGAAACCCACUGCUUAUAAGUCUAAUGAAGGUGAUAAUCUUUUAGUACAUUUUGUUGCUUUACUUGAGGAAGGCAACCUAGUCGAGAUACUAGACACACAAGUUGUUGAAGAGGGAGACCAAGAAAUCAUCAACAGUGUUGCCAAUCUAGCAGCCAGAUGCAUACAAUUUAAAGGAGAAGACCGGCCCACAAUGAGGCAAGUGGAGAUGAAACUCGAAGGCCUAAUUCAAGCGUCAAGAGAGAUAGUACCACAAAAUAAUACUGUUGGAAAGGGAUCUGAAGAAAAUUACACUGCCGUUAUUGAUAUAUUAAUGGAAACACGAGGCUGGGAAGGAACAAGCGUGUAUCAUUAGUUUGGAAGAAGAGUACAUGCUGUCCAAAUGAUAUUUUUAGGUGUCAUGUUAUGCACUAUAGUUCCGUGUAUUCAAUAACUAAAGCAAAAGAAGUGCUUUUCCCACCUCUGUUAUUGCCAGUUUUGUGUAUCUAAGAAUUAAGUAACAUUCGAGCUCCCUAAA